AUGCUCACGGUCUCCACCACGGAACCACCGUCGUCGACGUCCAGGACGUCGAACUAUGGUUCUCGUCUUGACUCUCUUCGCUGCUACUCUUGUGGCAGCCCGGCACCGACACUCGAGCUCAGACUCCUCAAGCUCGUCGGCCUCAUCAAGGGAGUCGGAGAGAAGAUCACGUUCUCAGUCCAGUUCGAGCUCACCUUCGCGCGAAGGGAGCACAGAUCGAAAAGAGGGACUGAGCUACGUAUCGCCACUAGCUCCACCACCGCCGGACUGCCGCAUCCCCAGGAAGCACGGUUCGACUUGCCAGGGACGAGCGUCCCGCACUCCCGCCGUGCCGCAGAAGACACUUCGUGUAAGAGUGUCAUAACAGAGCAAGCUCGAGAACGCUUCGACACGCUAGCCGCAGGAGUGCCGCUCAGCAAUGCCGAGAGAUCCUCACUGCUGAGGGAGUUACCUCUAGUCGCUUCUCUUUUCGGAGAGGUCCCGGCAAUCGACGAACAAUUGCCUCGAGACAGCGACCGCGCCAUUUUAGUCAGGGAACCGGAGCUGCGCACCCUGCACGAAACGCUACUCAAUGUCCUCAACAUUGUCGAGUUGGUCAGGAAGCUCGGCGCAGAUGGCCAGGGCGGCACAUUCGCUGCUCCAGUGAUUGGAUAUUUUGAGAUCCUGGACACACUCGUAUCAGGAUCGCUUAUGGACUUGAUCGUUCUCAGAAGAGAACGGUUUCUCAAAGCCUUGGGAGUCGAACCAAGAAGAGCGAUGCCAUCAUAUCGCAGAUUGCCGUUAGCAGGCUCUACCAUGGUGCACCGCAUGCGCCAGACUCUUAUCCCGGACCUAUUCGGGAAAGAACUCCGAGACGAACUAGCUGCAGGGGACUCAGCAAUCACGAAGUCGUUGCAGAAGCUGAGAGCCAGCGCAAAAAAGAGGAAGGCCACACCUCCACGCCAGAUAAGGAACAGGUGGGCGUAUUCUUAUCCUUUUUUGCCUCGUUCGUUACCUUUAGGAGUUUCUGAUACAAUACUUGACUCCCACGGUGCCCAGGGGUCUAGCGAAGCGACCAUAAAAGAUCCGUACAUGUAUUCAAACCGCAUAGCUGGGAGUCAUGGGAAGGCUUCUCAGGAGACCCCUUCAUUCUGGAAUCCAUCAAAGGAUAUCGAAUCCCCUUCGGGAGACGCAAACCGUGCCUGGCCCUCCCCAUCUCUCUCAAAUGACAACCAGAGCCCUUUCAGAGGAGCUAGAUUUGCUCAGAGAGAAGGGAGCGAUAGAAAGGGUCCCCACAAACACGAAGGUUUGGGUGUCUUCACUUUUCGGGAUCCCCAAGAAGGAUGGUUCAACAAGGCCCAUAAUCACCUGAAGCCACUCAACGCUUUUCUUGAAAUCCCACAUUUCAAGAUGGAAAAUUUGCACUCUGUGUCAGAUGUAGCUUACAAGGGGGAUUUCCUGGCCAAGAUUGAUAUGAGAGAUGCGUACUUUGCGGUCAAUAUCGCAGCGGAUCACAGGAACUACCUCGCCUUUUUGGUGGAACCGAAACCUCUACAGAUUCACUUGCCUACCUUUUGGGCUAGCAACGGCACCCUAUGUGUACACCAAAUUAAUGCGAGUAGUCGCGGCCCACUUCCGGGAGCGCGGAAUAAGAGUAAUUCAACUACUUGGACGAUUGGGCUGAGCCAUAUUGCGUAUGCCAUUCAGAUAUUUGAGCACCUAGGUCUCUGCAUAAAUCACGCUAAAUCCCAAUUGGUCCCCACUCAGGAGCUGGAAUUCUUAGGCCUCAUCAUAGACGCAAGGCUCGGUGAAUUCAGAAUCCCUCCCAAAAAGUUAGACCGAAUACGGUCAGAAGCCUCGGCAUUGCUCAGGAGGAAGCGUAUCGAGGCAGCGAGGCUGCGGCCUUCUUGGACGCUCUGUUAUAGGCUUUGGCAUCGCAUUAUUCCACGCUACAUGACCGGCCUACAAGUGAGAUGA